UCUAAUAGUAUAGGUGACCUUUACCUCGGAAGUAACUAUUGUAAACAUCGUGUGCAUUUGGAGGUGGAAGUGUAUCAGCUGGUGUAACAACAAUGACAAAAACAAGAACAGCCUUGGUAGUUGGAGGCUUUGUAGCAGUGGUGGCCGCCGCGUUUUAUCCCAUAUUUUUCCACCCGUUGACGCAUAAAAACGAGUACAGAGAAGUCCAGAAGGUUAACCGGGCAGGAAUCAACCAGGCAGAUGUUCAACCUGUGGGGCUGAAGAUAUGGUCUGAUCCAUUCAAGCCUGGAGAGAAAUGAUGACCAGUGACAGCCGACCUUCACCAAUUCAAGACAUUGAUCCUGAUGAAGAGUACAACUGGACAGGGGCGCCGCUAGCAGUUUUGGGCCCUAUGAAACCAUUUGAAGUUGGGCCCUCUACCUGACCCAUCUGUGGGCCCCCAAAGUUCGUGGGCCCUUAGAAUCGUCCUAACUUACCCCCCCCCAACGGUGCCCGUGCAACUGGAGAACACUUUUUGGAUGAGUGCUUGGCAUGUGAGUGAGUGAAUGUUGUUUACUUUGGUUGUUGAGUGAAUCCACAGCUUAUAAAUAAAAUGUAAAACUCUAAAAACCUAGACAUUUCUUUUAAGCCUUUUCCAUGUCAUUUUUCUCUAUUAGCCAUUACUUGUGUUGAGACAUUAAAAGUUAGCAGCUAAGUAUGAUGUGCAUCUGAGAGAAGGGAUGUUGUUUCUAGUUUAUUUUUAUUUACAUAUUUACUUUAAACAAUUUUAUUUCAACAAAGUAGUGUACAUAACCUUUAUACCAAAUGAACAAUUAUAAAAACAAACUACAAUGAACAAAAGCACUGGGGGUCAUAUAAAAAAAAACCUGAAAACUAAAUAGUUACAUAAAAUAAAUAAGGCAAAAAUAGUAUAAAAACAUUAAAUUGUUUACAUGUAUUAAGAGUUUUAACAGUAUUUUUAUUAUUAGUUAUGGAAAUAAUGUGUCAAAAUUUAAGAUGAUGUCAGAUACUGCCCGUCAUUUGUCCACAAGGGGACACCCAAAGCCUAUCUGUUAAUAGAAACAGCACUAAACUGUGUAAUGCUUUUGUUUGUGCAUCUUAGAAUUCUUGGAAAAACCUUUGUAUUUUCAAAAGCAAUACCCUGGCAUGGAGCUUGUUGGAAAGCAUAAUAAAAUGCAGUGCUUU